GGCCCUCUGGAAGAAGCUUGGCAGAACGGUACAAGGGGAGGACUUGCAGCAUCACCCUACCUCUACUACCAUGGUGGAAGUGGCGAGCCAGGUCCGUCCCUUUACCUGCACUACGAUGCGGCGGACAAUCUGGUUCAGGUGUUGGAUGGAACCAAAGAGUUUUGGCUCUAUGAUCCAUUUCAGGCCGCCCAGCUGCUAUACGGAAGUAACAGCGAGCACGGAAACGCGUCUCCCAUCAAUGUGGAGUCCCCCAGCGUCUUCGAGGACUACCCUUACUUUCGAUUUGCACUGCCGCGGCGUUGCCGUGUCCGCGCGGGACAAUGGCUGUACGUGCCGCUCUACUGGUGGCAUGCUGUGAGGAGUGGGCCUGGUCGAACUGUGUCCCUGGCGCACUUUGCCCACAGCGCUAAGAAGAAGAAAGGCAUAUUCGAAAAGUUCCUCUGCACCUCAGCUGCGUUACAAGUGGCCCUGGGCAGGGUUGCCCAGGGUAUGUCUACGCUGGCAAUGGUAGAUCCUACCUUCAAACCACAGGAAUAUGGAUUGGGAAGCUUCAUGUAG